GUCGAAUCUCGUUACCCGUGGAGAAAGCGAUCUUCAUAUGCUGUUGUCGAGAAAUGCAUUUCGCCCAGACCUCUCCGAGUCUUGACUGACGACAGAAAAUGACAUUGCAAUGCUAUCCAUUGGCUGUUUCACCCCGUGGGUGUAGAUCGGCCACGGAGGCUACCCUGACAGGCUUGAGCCUCACUGAUAACGCGAAUGUACACAUUCUGUUGGCUGGACGUCUGUGAUGCUUCAUCCCCGCGGAUAUUGGCUUUACACAAGUGGCGUCAGACAUAUCGAAAUGGUUUGCAAUAAGGCUCAAACUCCAAUCUACCUAUCUCUGGUGCUUUUCAUCCCUCUUUCCUAAUAUCUGUGAUUUCCUACUGACCGUAGCUCACCGAAGCUGUGUUUGCCUUGUGCUCAAUGUGUGAAAAUUGACAUCUGUUGCAGGCCGAGCCUUCGACACGAAUAGCACUAUCAAACUAUGUCGUGGUCAGACGGAUCACCAGGCAUGGCUAUCAGCCGAGCCCCAGAAGGUGCUGAAGUCAAUGGAGACGCUGUACCAAGUGAUGGGCGAAAGAAGAAGGUCGUGGUUGUUGGUUUGGGGAUGGUCGGCAUCGCAUUUGUCGAGAAAUUACUAAAGCUCGAUGCGAAGCGACAUGAAUACGAUGUUGUCGUGAUCGGCGAAGAGCCACAUCUUGCAUAUAACCGUGUCGGUCUGACCAGUUUCUUCCAACAUCGACAGGUUGAGUCACUAUACCUGAACCCGGAGGAAUGGUACAAGCGCCACCCGACAGAAUCUUUCAAUUACCACCUCAAUACGCUCGUCACCGAAAUCAAGCCACAAGAGAAAGUGGUCUUGACAGCCAAAGGGGACACCAUCUCCUACGACAUUCUCGUCCUCGCAACUGGAUCCGACGCUGUCCUUCCACGACAUACACCCGGUUACGAUGCGAACGGAGUAUUCGUAUAUAGGACCAUCGAAGACUUGCAGAAGCUGAUUGCCUUCUCCUCAACCGUCAAAGGUACGACGGGAUGCGUCGUUGGCGGAGGUCUUUUGGGUCUGGAGGCUGCGAAGGCCAUGAUGGAUCUCGAAGAAUUCGGUCAGGUCAAGCUCAUUGAAAGAAAUAGAUGGGUGUUGUCGCGACAACUUGACGCUGAUGCGGGCAAUAUGGUUGUCGACCUUGUCCGUAAUCUAGGCUUGGACGUCAUGAUCAGCAAACGUGUCGGCAAGAUAUUGACCGACGACAAGAACUCGGUGAAGGGCCUCGUCUUCGAAGACGGCGAGCAGAUGGAUUGCAGCUGUAUCAUGUUCGCCAUUGGCAUCAAAGCCCGCGACGAUUUGGCCCGGAAGGCAGGCCUGAAGUGCGCCGAUCGAGGUGGUGGCAUCACAAUCGACAACGAUCUACGCACAAGCGAUCCGAAUAUCUAUGCCAUCGGCGAAUGUGCAAGCUGGGAGAACCAGACAUUCGGGCUCAUCGCACCAGGCAUCGAGCAAGCUGAUGUUCUGUCAUUCAACCUGACCCAAGCGAAAGCCCAUAGCCCGCGGACAUUCAAGCGACCUGAUCUGAGCACCAAACUAAAGCUUCUCGGCGUCGAAGUUGCCAGCUUCGGAGACUUCUUCGCCGACCGCGACGGACCCAAAGACCUACCAAAAAGGCACGUCAAGCGUGAAGAGAAGAAGGUCACCAACGGCCUGGACAAGGUCAAGGAUCUAACGUCCGGUCCACCACCUCCUGCCGUCAAAGCGCUGACGUACCGCGACCCCUUUGCCGCUGUGUAUAAGAAAUAUCUCUUCACCAUGGACGGCAAGUACCUCCUAGGCGGGAUGAUGAUCGGCGACACGAAAGACUACGUCAAGCUCGUGCCGAUGGUUAAGAACAAGAAAGCGCUCGACGUCCCGCCGUCGGAAUUCAUCAUUGGCGCGUCCAAGGAUGGCGAGGAGAACGCCGACGACCUAACUGACGAUACGCAGAUCUGCUCGUGCCACAACGUGACCAAGGGUAACGUCGUCCAGAGCGUCAAGGAAGGGUGCAAGGCUCUUGGCGAGGUGAAGUCCUGCACGAAAGCCGGCACAGGCUGUGGUGGGUGUAUGCCCUUGGUGACCAGCAUUUUCAACAAGACCAUGAAAGAAAUGGGCAACGAAGUGCUCAACCAUAUUUGCCCGCACUUCCCCCACAGUCGGGCGGAUCUUUAUAAUAUCAUCUACGUCCGGAAGCUGCAGGACUUCGGCCAGGUGAUGCGCGAAGUGGGCAAGGACCCCAACAGUCUGGGAUGUGAGCUAUGCAAGCCGGCCAUUGGGAGCAUUUUGGCUGGUAUGUUCAAUAAGCAUGUUAUGGACAAGCCAUUGCAUGGCCUGCAGGACACGAAUGAUAAGUAUCUCGGUAACAUCCAGAGGAACGGGACAUUCUCCGUCAUUCCGCGAGUGGCGGGAGGUGAGAUCAGUCCAGAGAAGUUGAUUGUCAUUGGACAGGUGGCCAAGAAGUACGGGCUCUAUACCAAAAUCACUGGCGGUCAGCGGAUCGAUAUGUUUGGUGCAAAGAAGCAGGAUCUCUUGGACAUUUGGUCGGAGCUGGUCGCUGGAGGUCUGGAGUCUGGUCAUGCCUAUGCCAAGUCACUGCGGACGGUCAAGUCCUGUGUUGGCACAACGUGGUGCAGAUUCGGUAUCGGCGAUUCGGUUGGGAUGGCGAUCAGGCUGGAGGAGCGAUACAAGUCGAUACGAUCACCGCACAAGAUCAAGGGUGGUGUUUCGGGUUGUGUGCGUGAAUGCGCCGAGGCUCAAAACAAGGACUUUGGAUGCAUCGCUACGGAGAAAGGGUUUAAUCUCUUCGUUGGUGGCAAUGGCGGUGCGACACCCAGACAUUCAGAGCUCUUGGCCAAGGACGUUCCCCCGGACGAUGUCAUCCCCAUAUUGGACCGGUAUCUCAUGUUUUAUAUACGCACGGCAGAUAAAUUGCAGAGAACGGCACGAUGGGUCGAGCAAUUACCCGGUGGUAUCAAGUAUCUUCGAGAAGUCAUCUUGGAAGAUAAGUUGGGGAUCUGCGCCGAGCUGGAGAAGCAGAUGCAAGAACUUGUGGGAACUUUCUUCUGCGAAUGGACAGAGACACUGAACGACCCCGAGAAGCGCAGAGCGUUCGAGCAAUUCGCGAAUUCGGAAGAGAACCGCGAACCGGCCGUCGAGAAGGUCGAGGAGAGAGGACAAUCGAGACCGGCCUACUGGCCCAAGGAGUCUGCCCACGACGACUUCAAGGGUACGAGAUGGACGAGUCUGACAUGGCAGCCUGUUGUUGAGGCCAAGAAGUUCCAGGAUCUUGAUACCGGUUCCUCUCAAACCGUCAUCCGCGGCGAUACACAGUUGGCCGUAUUCAGGUUGAAGGGCAAAUACUACGCAAGCCAGCAGAUGUGCCCGCAUCGGAGAACCUUUGGCCUCUCGGACGGUCUGGUCGGCGAGACGACCUCGCCGGACUGCAAGGACAGCAAAUUGUACGUCAGCUGUCCCUACCAUAAGCGGAACUUCCAGCUCAACGGCGAGGUCGACUUCGACAAGAAUGACGCCGGCGCGGGGUCGUGCUCGACCGACAAGAGUAUGUCCAUCGCCACGUUCCAGGCGGAAGAACGGGAUGAUGGCUGGGUGUAUCUCAAGCUUCCUCCUGUGCAGGAGAUGGACAAUGUGCUUGGAACGAGCAAAUGGGUGGUCAAGUCCGAUGAGGCGGCGAAUCCGUUUGAGAGUCUCGACAAAAAGCUGGGCUUGCAGAAAGGCCUGCGACCAACGCGGACAGUGGGUGCGAUGCCAGGAACUGGAAACGUCGCGGCGCGGACGGUUCGUGUGAAUGCGCAAAGGAGGAUCGAUUGGUGAUUAUUUCUUUUUUUGGUUAAAGAAGUACUGAGUAUCAAUGACGAAAUAUGAGGUAGAAAUGAUCUGG